CGCAACCACAGCUACGACCAGUCCUUUUUCUCAAGGCCUCAGGUCGUUUUCCGGUUCAUGCAGCUUCAUGUACGGAAGGUCGACGUGGCGAGCAUGGCGUUCGACCCGUUGGCCGGCGCACGGAAGCAGCCCUGAAACCGCUACUGGGAGACCUCUCUCGACCCCAUGCCUCUGGAGGGAUUCUUACCUGCAGACACCGUCAUGGACCUCACGAGUGUACCUUACGACGGGGGCUUCAAGGUUAAGCUCCCACGACGCGUCGAAAGUUGGAAGUCCGUAUGCGACUAAAGAGGUACAAGAGCGGCUUCAAGAACUACAGAGUUCCGCCAUACCCCUCUAUCCACGGUAUCAGUGUACCUCUCAAGCGCGGAGCUUCCAAUCAUUGAGGGAGGAAGCGGACGUCAAUGUUACCAAAGAUGAUGCUAUGGCUCCUAGCGACUGGAUAGAAGGCAAGAUCAACAGCUGAGGAGGCAAAGAGACGCAAUGAGUUCUGACGGAAACACCAGUGUCUGGAAGAGUCUCUUCCAUCCGGCUGAGCGGCUCAAAGUUGGCUUUCGUUGAUAUCGUUGAGGACCAGGUGAAGCUUCAGGUUAUGCUGUCUCACUCGGCAUUCGAAGGCUCCGGAGUGACCUUGACAGACUUCAAGCACUUUAGCCGGCUGCUUAGACGAGGUGACUAUAUUUCAUUGAAGGGAUGUCGACCAUAUAAAGCCAAGAAUGGCCAACUCUCCAUCCGGGCUUCAACCAUGCCCAUUAUUCUGUCACCUUGCCUCCAACGAUUUCCGGUUGAACAUCGAGGCUUUGCAACGACCGAACUUGCAGAGUCUAAUUUUCAACCUCGACAUGUGGAAAUGCAGACGGACCCCGAAAUCAUAGAGACCCUAAAGGCCCGGUCGACCCUUAUCCGCACAAUGAGACAAUUCUUCGAGUCCCGCUAUUUUAUUGAAGUGAGCACUCCUGUCUUAUCUGCCGCAGCGGGCGGUGCAACGGCGAAACCAUUCGAGACCAAAGCGACAGAAUUUCCUCACCGCAAGCUCAACCUACGGAUAGCUCCAGAAUUGUGGCUGAAAAGGCUCAUUGUUGGUGGCAUGGACAAGAUUUUUGAGAUUGGCCCUUCGUUUCGGAACGAAGGCCUCGACAAAACUCACAAUCCCGAAUUCACGACCUGCGAGUUCUACGCCGUGCGCCACGAUCUGCGCCAGCUGAUGGACAUGACGAAGCAGCUCAUCACAGACAUUGGCUCGGCUAUCAAAGCUCUACCUUACCAAUAUGCGAACGCGCGCUCAUACCUUCUUGACUCUGUACACGGUCCAUACGAAGAGCUUGACUUUAUUCCUUCUCUCAACUCUGCCUUAGGGGUUGAUCUCCCCAACCUCUCCUCACCUUUCGCCCACGCCGAGCUCCUGGGACUUUUCCAUUCGCACAAUCUGCCCCUCCCCAGCAAUCCCACGGUUCCUCGACUCGUGGACAAGCUUUCCUCGCUGUAUCUGGAACCGCGCUCUUCCCAGAGACCACUCUGGAUCACAAACAUUCCCGAGUGUCUGUCGCCCUUGGCGAAAUCAUACAUCCAUCCCACAGCACCCAAUGAUCAGCCAGUUGCUGCCAGAGCAGAGUUAUUCAUCGCAGGGAAGGAAGUUGUGAACUGUUACGAGGAGGAAAACUCGCCUUUCGAGCAAAGGAGGAAGUUCCUGGAGCAACAAAUAUAUGGCACUCUUAAAUCCCACCCACAGACUAACUCGAGUGAGACCGGAACAAAGACUGCCAGCGCAUAUGUGGAAGAUGACGAAGAGGUGAUGAAGGUUGAUGAGGACUACCUACAGGCACUGGAGUGGGGGCUUCCACCUACUGGUGGAUGGGGUUGCGGGAUCGAUAGGCUGGUUAUGCUUUUCACGGGCAGAGAGAGGAUUGGAGAUGUGCUGAGCUUCGGCAAUCUCAGGGCGGUCACAAGGGGUGCAGAAGGAGAAAGCUACACGGGAGGUGAAGAUGGCAAAGCCAAUAGCUAGCACGAGACCCGUGAAAGGACUUGCGAACUCUCCUGAAGCGCUUCCUGAAGGGUUGAAUCGGACGACCCCAAGGCCACUAUUUGGAUGCUAGAUGAAGAGAUCCGCCUAGAAGGAGUGUCUUGUACAAAUAAACAGCUGAAUCGCCCAGCCCAGAAUGUUUUCCAAAGCGCGGCAGCUAAAUGUGGCU